UAGCGAAUUGUAUCUGCAGCAUUACUAUACAAUGCAUGUGUUUUCUGCGAAUACAUCCACAACUAUGGCUUCUUCGACCGUGUCCAGCCCUAUUGAUCUAUUUCCCGGGAGCCCCAAAAAAUAUAACCAGUCCAUAGCUCGUGUCGAAUGUUCUGGUGCUGGACCGAGAGGGAUGUCGAGGCCAGCGAUCACAGGAUGGCGCGGUGCUUCGAGCCAUUGGGGAUGCAGUGCAUUCCAUGCCCCUUCAAGCACAUCAACAGCAUCCGGGGAUCUUUCCACUGUGCCACGACCGACCUGGUAAGGGAUGACUGGGACGAGCUAGGUGGCAAGGUGAGCUUCGAGGGUUCCAAUGGAAAAUGAGCGUUUAUUUCUUGACGUGUAGACGCAAUUCAAUUUUCGUGGAGCUUGUCCUUAUCAUUAGUUGUAAACAAUGACAUCAUUAAGGUCAUGAUGCAAGAAAAGAAAGGUCGAUUAUCGGGCUUAAGAUCUCAGGGUCUAUUGAGGUGAAUUCUGACAAACGGAACAU